CAGUGACACAUCCUGCGUUCAUCGGUACACACGAAAUCUUCUGCGUAUAUGAUAUUUACUUGAAGAAUAGAAAUCGAUGUUUCUGUGAACGGGUGUAAAAAAGUCUGAGUGUGCCAUGGAUAUCGUGGAAAGUGAAUCGAGACCUGACGAUAAUAAAAACUGUGAAGAAGUAACUAUGACGAAACCUGUGCCCCGACCCUUUUCUAUUGAAGCCCUAAUGAGUGACUGUGGACCGAAAAAAAGUAGUAAUAACGUCAGUAACGCCUGGAAUUUAACGACGCCACCUUACCAGCAAUUUCAGCACCAAAUUAUGAGAGAUACCGAUUCGGAAGAUGGUAGCUUAGAUAUGGAAUAUGCUCAGGAUCUUUCUCGAAGGAGUAAAGACAGUUCAGAUAACGAUGACGACCUUGAUGACACACAAAACUCUGAUGGACCUUGCGAGAGCUCAAACUCAGCCAAAGCAAGAAGAAGAAGAACAGCCUUCACUAGUGAACAGCUACUGGAACUAGAAAGAGAGUUUCAUGCUAAAAAGUACUUGUCACUAACCGAGCGUAGUCAGAUUGCAUCAGCACUGAGAUUGAGCGAGGUCCAAGUCAAAAUUUGGUUCCAAAACAGAAGAGCCAAGUGGAAAAGAGUGAAAGCUGGUCUUGGAGCAGGUCCACACCAGGCCAAAAAUGGACAAAAUAAGAGCAAAUUGGUGGUACCCAUACCGGUACAUGUUAACAGAUUUGCAGUAAGGAGUCAACACCAGCAACUGGAGAGGGCGUUGGGAGAUUUAGCAAGUAGGGUACUGGCAAGCCAUGCGUCAUUACGAGCAGGAUUAGAACUUCACCAUGGGUAUCACCCGCCAGGUCCUCCACAUUGAUAGUGACUGAUCAAACCCGAAAUUAGUGAGCCCCUGGAGUGCAUUCAUACUGAAAGGAAGUGUAUUGCCGGAAUGGAUGACGUAAUCAAAAGUUUCAAAUUGUGAAUAAUAUAAUCUAUUAUUAUUCAAUCUGUACAUACUUAUAUAAGGGAUCGUUUUGAUAUCAAUUAUUGAAACAACACUGAAAUGCAACAUAAAUAUUUUUCUGGCAAUUCAAAAAAUAAGAAGCUUCUGAUCCUCAGAUGCAUCACGAAAUUUUACUUGAUUAUUUCAACAGAAUUAUGUGUAUUCAAUAUCAGAUUGAACUUAGAUAUGACUUCGUGCAAUAGAUUUUAGAAUUAUUAAUGAUUGCACUCAUUAUACCACUUCAAAUUUAAAUAACAAUGCUGUAAAUAUAUUGUAUGAUAAAAAUUAUUGAGAUAUAAGUAGUUAAUUUUA